CCCUUCAUUUCUGUAAAGCUUUAACAAAUGUUACAUUCUCUAAUUAGAUAAACAAAUGCACUGGGCAUCAUGAACGGCCGCUUGCUAUAACAAACUGCCAUGCGGCUGCCUCAGCCUAAUCCUCAGCCCGCCUACCUCACUAUAAUCUGAUUAGCAGUGGAGUCUGCCAGCAUGCGCCUGAGUGUGUCCAUUUAUAUCCGUGCCUUCAUGCAUUUGUGUACUUGUGUGACUUAAGACAAGGUUUGGCAGGAACACAAACACAGUUUUAGACCGUUACACUUCCUGACUCCUUGGCUCCGUCAUUGUCACCACCUCUACCCACAAUGCCUGUGUUUUACUCACCUGUUCCCGAGAACCUGCAGAUGGGUCUGGCCUAUAUGGGAGGCUCUGUGUUUACCAACAACAGGACAGCAGACAGUGACUUCACCAGGCAGCAGGAGGACGCGUCUGUGGUCAACGAGCUGGUUUCUUACCUUCCCCUGCAGAUGCUUCUUUACUUCAACAUGUUUUAUUUUCCCUGUUGGUGGUUUUCUGCUGUUUUCAUGUUGGAAGUCAAGUUCUAUUAUCUUCCUGGGUACUACCAGGCUCUGCUUAUAACCGGGAUGAUCCUCCUCACAGUCAUUGAAGCGGUCAGACUUUAUCUGGGCUACAUUGGCAACCUUAAAGAAAAGGUGCCAGAGCUGGCAGCCUUCUGGCUCCUGUCUUUCAUGUUUCAGCUGCCAGUGCUGCUGUUCUUCCUGACCGAUGAAGGAAUUAUCAUCCUGCCUCUAGAGAGAGCUGUGCACUCCCUCUACCUCCUCUUCCUGCUCGCCCAGAUUCUGACUUCCUUCCUGGCUCUCAGGACCAUGACCCGAAAGCUCACACUGCUCUUCCAUCUGCGCCAGUUUGGCAAGGUGGAGAACUUUCGCCACGCUGGGAUGAGCCCUGUCUACGGGCUGCCCUACCACCGCAGUGUGCUGCCCAUGUCACCCACCCAUAAUAUGUACCAUUAAAGUCAAAAUUUCCUUUUCCAAUUAACCUUACACUUGUCUCUCUAAUUUACAGUACUGUUUGUCUACUUACGAUUUCGAAAACUGCAUUAUGUGCUUCCCCAAAUGCCUCUCUGCAAUUGCCAGAGAACAAAUGUGAGUUUGUUACUUGAAAUUGGGAGCAUUUAAAUACAACUAUCCAACUAA